CCGUCCUGGAUACCAUUUCCUUGUCUACCUCCGACACUAGAUUUUCCCUUUAACUUUAUCAAGUUUUUACAUAUAAAACGCAGUGCCUUUGUGUAUUUUUGGUCGUUUUAGUUUCUUGUGCAUGCAGUUAGCACAAUGUUCACCACUACCGGUUCCAGAGGGCUGUAUAAAGCUCCUGUGUCGAAGAGUCUGCUGCUGCUUCCCACUGCCUUCACCGUGCUGCUUCUCGUGGCCCUGCCUCAGUACCAGAAGCUGUUCGUCUACAGCCUGCAGGCGAUCACGCACCACAGACAGUUGUGGAGGCUGCUGUGUGGGAGGCUGAUCUGUCUGGAUGUAAAGGACACGUUCUGCAGCAGUCUGCUCAUCUACAAUUUCCGUAUAUUUGAGAGGAGGUUCGGCAGUCGCAAGUUCGCCUCCUUCCUGUUUGGAACCUGGGUUCUGUCUGGACUUCUGGACUUCCUCUUGGCUGAGGCUGUUCACUUCCUGUUCGAGGUGCAGGUGGACAUGCUGCCAGCCGGACUGCUGGGUCCAAUCUUUGCCCUCUUUGUGCCUUUCUUCUAUUCAAUCCCUCGAGUUCAGGUCACUCAGUUCCUGAGCUACGUCUCGAUAAGCAACAAGUCUCUCGUGUACCUCGUGGGCCUGCAGUUGCUGACUUCUAGCACUUACAUGUGGGUUGUGGCCUUUAGUGGCUUGGUUUCAGGUGUACUGUACUACAGUAACAUGUUGGCUCUCCAGCGGUUCCUUUAUGUUCCUCAGUGGCUGGCGCGCUGCAGCUCUCAGCUCCUGGGUCCUGUGUUCUCGGGCACAGAGCCACAUGCUGAGGCUCCAGUAGGGAUGGGAGCCACGUUGGACAUCCAGCGACAGCAGCGCAUGGAUAUGCUAGACCAACAGCUGCUGCUCUCACAGCUGGCCCAGCUCAGGAGAAAUGCCCAGCAGCCACCACCCCAGCAGGGCGGACUCCUCAACCGAUUCUUUCCAGGUUUACGACACAGAGGUCAGAAUAUGAAUCGCAUGCAGCCGCACUCAGUGGACGCACCAGUGGCUGAGGAACAGGUAGCGAGGCUGAUGGAGAUGGGUUUCUCCAGAGUGGAUGCUCAGGAAGCUCUCCGAGCAUCCAACAAUGACAUCAACAUGGCCACCAACUUCCUGCUCCAGCACUGAGGCUGAGUGUCUCAGGGGAGGGCGGGGGAGACGGAAACGUAGCUGGAGCGACUGGAAAACACAACACAUGGACACUGGAAAAGUAAAGUACUCUCAGGAGCUUGUGCUGUCACUUCCUCUGAAAUUGCAGUUGGGUGGCGAGAAGCCACUGAAGCUGUCGUUGUGAUUUCCUACCGACUUCAACAGAAUAGAGCCAAGAUGGUGGUGAAAGACAGCGCAGUGUUCUCUCAGGGCUCGCGUUCUCUGGCCUCAGCGUCCCUCUACAACCUUCAGCACUGCACAGUCUUAUUAACGAGCCCACGUGGUGGCAAUGCUGAUGAUGUGAAUGCAAUGUGAUUUGAAGAGUCUUAAAAGGAAAGCGAGACCUAAAAGACUCCUAUUUAGAUAUAGUCCUGGACUAAUGUGGUGUUUUGAAGAAUUUUACACUCAUGGGAAUAAUUAGCAAAAAACAUUAAUUUGCACAACUUUCGUUCGCCAUGUUUCUUAGUUUUGUGCAGGAGGCUAAUAUAGAUAAAGAAUGGAAGUCCGUGUCACCCAAAA